AUGCUUGUUUCCAAGCACGGCGACACGCACGCGUUCGAUUGGACAAACCUGCUCCAUUGGUCGAGCGCGAUGCUCUACUCCUCGCUCGUUGUGCAGUCCAAUAGCUUCGAGCUGCGCGCACGCCUCCGCGCCGCCAGUGCCGCCAGCCGCGGCCGCGCAAAUCUGAGCGCGCUCGGCCGCACGCUGCUGCCUACGAUCCCUGCUUCAACCAGCGUCGUCCACUGCUCGGGUGCAGCAUCAUCGGGCACUCCUGCCUUCAUGGCCCGCGGCGCUCACAGCGAGAUGUUUGCUCUGUUGGCACAAUCUGCUUCCCUCUCGAUCGCUAACGCGCUUGGCAUUGCGGCGCCGCCGCGGCCACCGCUGGCUCUCUGCACGCCGCGUCUGAUUCGCUGCUUCGACGGGCUGCUCUCUUUUCAACCGAAGGGCGGCCGCUCCUUCAAGGACCGGCUGGGUGCGUGGAACCGAGAGAUGUUGCUCACCGGCCGAAUGCAGCAAGCCGGGCCGAACCUCCUGGCGGCUCCCUUUCUCGCCGCGGCCUACCGCCUGGCUGGGUCCUCCCCAUCUGCUGUCGUGCUGCCGUCACGGAGGCGCGUGGUCCUGCUGACGCGCCGCACCCAGUCACGGUGGACCAACCGGCCAGAGGCCGUGACGGAGCUACGCGCCAUCGCUGCACGCGCUGGAGUGGACUUUGUAGACGCCGGCGAUGCGGAGGCUCUUGGCCGGACGAACCUGCCUGCGGGCAGGGCUUGCUACGCAGCUCGCCCACAGAUCGAGCUUUGGCGGGACGCUUGGUUGGUCAUCUCGGUUGUCGGUGCUCACGAGUCAAACCUCCUCUUCAUGCCCUCGUGGCCGCAGGCGGCGGGGCUGCUCGAAUCCACCAACUGUGGGUUCUUCACGGAUUCGUACUCGACGCUCGCGCGAGCCGUGGGCACCGGCCACCACAGGGCGCAGCAGCUCAACGCGCGCGGCCGGCAGUGUCUCCCGUCCACCUCCCAAGACUACCACGUGCUCAACAGCCCAAGGGAAAUGGACCUCCGAAACGAUACCCUCGGCUCGCUGCUUCGCUUUCUGCGCGGCAGGCGUCUCGGGCGCGAGCACACUGGCAACGACCAGCAUGGCAGCGUCAGCGCCUCCAGGGCCGCGCAGCUGAUCGGCGUACAGACGCAUAACCACACCGUCUACGGCUUUACUGGUACUGCCACUCUAGCCUAG